GGGGCAUGAUGUUUUACACCCGGCCGAGACUGCCACCGGGGAAAAGGUGACAAGUGACCAACAAAUAAUGUGACAGGGAAGGCGUGUUCACCGACAGGGAAACAACUCUUAUCAACCCACAUUCCAAUAAUAAUGAAACCCAUCAUGGACCUCCUCUUCCCCCUCUAACGCGAUACCAUGUCUGCAGAACCUCCCAUGACUUCCCCUCCUCUCACUUCACCAAAUGGCAUAAUAAAUAAUCAUUCCAACGCCCAGCUCGCACAUCUACUUCAUAACAGCUACUGCGACAAUGACAAACUCACAAAAGAACUCGGAAACACAAAGAAACGAUUAGAAAAAGCAGAGCGUCUACUAGCAGAAUUUCAAGCCGCAACCGUCAAUGGUGCUCCCCUCUCAGGCGAGGCUCGUCGAGUCAUCGAAGAAGCUGAGGCACGUGUAGCCCAUGCCGAUAGACAAAGAGACGAAGCAGAAGCACGUAGACGCGUUGUUCUCGAAUCUUACGAAGAACUCAAUAAAUACCUCGCCGCCAUCGAAUCUCGUGCUGCAGACGCACGUGCUGGCUUUCAGCGCAUCCUUAGAGAUGCAGGCGGUCAUCUUGUUUUGACCCCCAUCCCAAAUCAAAAUCAGCAUGAACAUAGCCCUUAUUCUGCCAAUCCUAGCAUCACUGUGGAACCUCCACCGCGUUCAUACAACAGAUCUCAUCAUCGUUACACUUCUUCCUCGCUUAGCUCUUCUGCCCUCCCUCCAGGCCCACUCCCUCCUCCACCAUCCACUCGUGGCGUCCGUCCUCGCUCAGGCAGCUUCGAUGACCCUUCUUAUCUUAUCUCACAACCCCAGCCUCCUUCCAAACGACCACGUAACGAACGUGCAGAAUAUGACCAUCGGCCUCCCCUCUCGCUUCCCCAGAUUCAACAUCUCAACCAUCACCUUACCAUUCAGCCUACUCAUAAAUCACAUUCUCGCUCCAGCAGCCAUUCUAGUGUCCGUGCUACUUCGCAGGACAUCGAGGAUCUUCUCCUUGAUGCUGCCACUGAUGAAAGGAGCGCUUUGAAUGCUCGUGAACAACAGCCACAGUCUCCUCGUGCCGUCUUGGCUGCACACCAGUCGAGGAAUAUUCCCGUAGGUCCGUUAGAUCAGCCUGGAGAGCUCAGGACCUAUCAAACCCAUAUUUUUGCUCCUCCCGUUACCGGCGCCCCCCAAAAGAAGGGCAAACCAGGGUCAAGCGCAAAUAUCACUCACAAUGGCUCCCCACUAACACCUCCUAACGCCAUUGUCACCCCCAUCGCACCAGUUCCUCCACCUGCUAUUCCCCCCACCGCUUCGUUCCCCCCCACUAACUCUGUCGGUCAGCGCAUCUGCCGUCAAUGUGGCUUGCCAGGGCGCUACAAAGAUAACAAAUGUGUCGAAAAAUGGGGCCCUGGGCCAGAAGGGCCUGGCACUGUGUGCGACCGCUGCAGAAAAAAAAUGAAGCGUGUAGAACGGCGGGGAACGACCGACGCAAAUGUGGCUGGCGGUAGCAACGCCAGUGCGGCUCGAUUGCACCGUACGGAUACAAUUCCCGUCGGUGCGAUUAUUGGGACGCAGAGACAAUCGCAAUCGCAAGUCUUUCCAAGCUCAGCGUCUUUCGUGGCACCUGUGCCUUUACAGGACAAGAAACGCAGUGGUGGGUCUGCAAAGGACCGCGAGAGAGAUCGGAACCGUGACCCUCCCUCCCCGCCUGCAAUCGCUACUUUACAGACCACAGACGACGAAGACCCUGGACGAAGACGACGGGGUGCGGUGUCCUCUGGUGGGUGAAACGUCCUCCAUUCUAUCACCCCUAGUUGACACACACCUCUCAGCGCAACAUCUUCCUUCUCCUCACUCCGACCCCAACACAGAUCCAGACGCAGACGGCGAAGGUGAUGCGGAUGUAGACGCGGAGUUAAGAGAAGCUGCUGAUGCUGCUGCUGACCACCGCAGUGCGUCUUCGACUGGCAUGAAGGAGGAAGACAUGGAAGUUGGGGAGUAAGCA